CAACUUCGCCAUCCGGCAUCCCAACACCAUAGAAAUCCAAAAUGGCGACCGUAACUCUCACUGAGACGCGGCCAAAGCAUAGCAGGAUACCCAAAAAUGUCAAGCUGCCUCCCGAGAAUGAGCGGUACAUGCGGGCAUGUGCCGACAUUGCCUCCGCGCUCAUCCAAGACUAUGAGUCUCAGGCGGAUGGCUCCAAGCCGAAGAAAGAUUUGAAUCUAAAUGCUCUGAGAGGCCAAAUAGCAAAGAAACACUAUCUAAAGAGCCAACCGCCACUCACGGCCAUUAUCGCAGCAGUGCCGGAGCAUUACAAGAAAUAUAUCCUACCGAAACUAAUCGCCAAGCCUAUAAGAACAUCUUCUGGUAUUGCCGUUGUGGCGGUAAUGUGUAAACCGCACCGCUGCCCUCACAUCUCCUACACCGGAAACAUCUGCGUUUACUGCCCAGGAGGACCCGACUCAGACUUCGAAUACUCAACCCAAUCCUACACAGGCUAUGAACCCACAUCCAUGCGUGCCAUCCGGGCACGGUACGACCCCUAUGAGCAAGCCCGUGGACGUGUCGACCAAAUCAAAUCCCUCGGUCACAGCGUCGACAAGGUCGAGUACAUCAUCAUGGGCGGCACCUUCAUGUCCCUCCCCGAAUCCUACCGGGACGAAUUCAUCUCUCAACUGCACAACGCGCUCUCCGGCUACCAAACCAAGGACGUCGACGAAGCCGUCGCCGCUGGCGAAAUGUCCAACAUCAAGUGCGUCGGCAUCACCAUCGAAACGCGCCCAGACUACUGUCUAGACCAACACCUCUCCUCCAUGCUCCGCUACGGCUGUACGCGCCUGGAAAUCGGCGUGCAAUCCCUCUACGAGGACGUCGCGCGCGACACCAACCGCGGCCACACGGUCGCCGCCGUGGCCAAAACCUUCUGCCUCGCCAAAGACGCCGGCUUCAAGGUGGUCUCGCACAUGAUGCCGGACCUGCCCAACGUGGGCAUGGAGCGCGACCUGGACCAAUUCGUCGAGUACUUCGCCAACCCGGACUUCCGCACCGACGGCCUGAAAAUCUACCCGACGCUCGUCAUCCGCGGCACGGGGCUCUACGAGCUCUGGCGCACGGGUCGCUACAAGAAUUACACGCCCAACGCCCUCAUCGACCUCGUCGCCCGCAUCCUCGCCCUCGUGCCCCCCUGGACCCGCAUCUACCGCGUCCAGCGCGACAUCCCCAUGCCCCUUGUCACCUCGGGCGUCGAGAACGGCAACCUGCGCGAGCUCGCCCUCGCGCGCAUGAAGGACUUUGGCACCACGUGCCGCGACGUGCGCACGCGCGAGGUCGGCAUCAACGAGGUCAAGCACAAGAUCCGCCCGGACCAGGUCGAGCUCGUGCGCCGCGACUAUACAGCCAACGGCGGCUGGGAGACGUUCCUCGCGUACGAGGAUCCCAAGCAGGAUAUCUUGAUCGCGCUCCUAAGGCUCAGGCAGUGCAGCACCGAGCAUACGUUCCGGCCCGAACUUACGGCCCAGCCCACCUCGCUGGUGCGCGAGUUGCACGUCUACGGCUCCGCGGUGCCCGUGCAUGCGCGCGAUCCCAAGAAGUUCCAGCAUCAGGGGUACGGGACGCUGUUGAUGGAGGAGGCGGAGCGGAUCGCGAGGGAGGAGCAUGGGAGUAGGAAGAUUAGUGUCAUCUCAGGUGUUGGGGUGAGGAGUUAUUACGCGAAGUUGGGGUAUUGGUUGGAUGGACCGUACAUGUCCAAGAUGAUUGAGCCCGAGUGGGAGAGGUGGUAGUUCAGUUGGUUGGGGGAUCUGAAAAACAUGUGUUGGAUGAUUGGGGCGAUGUCGGGACGGGAUAGAUUUCGCAGAUGAGGCGUUCGUGAGCAUUGCUGGCGUUUGGGAUAAAGGGACACAAGGACAUCAUCUCAUGACAGACAAAGAACGAUCAAGGCUAAACAUACAUAAACCGAACUAUAUAUCCUGCGGCCCCAA